AUGAACUCCUCCAUCAUCAAAAACAUCUACACCUACCCCAUCCCAACAUUUGUAGAAAACAUCCACCUCCUCCUCACAGGCAGCCUCCUCCUAACAACCUUCUCCUCGGGCUCUCUCCUCAUCCUAGACUCCUCCUCGGUCUCCCCUCUCCCAAAACCUCUCAUCACCCUCCCCAACGCAACCGGGCUCACCGGAAUCGCUCGCGUAGGCGAAGAUACCUAUGCCGUGAGCGGGGGAAACCACACGCAUUUCGCGUUCGAGAUCGAUAGCAUGUUCGUUUAUAUCGUCAGAAUCGGCGCGGAUGAGGUAGGAGAGCUGGUCGACAUGAUCCCUGUCCCGGUUGUCAGGAUGAUGAAUGGAAUGGCCUCGCUCCCUUCGUCGCCGCAUAUAAUACUCAGCGCCGACUCGCUCGCCGGGACGAUAAUACGUGUAGACACGCGCACGCGGUCUAUCGCCACUUUAAUCUCCGACCCCGCGCUCGGUCCCGGCAACUCAUCUGUACCUCUCGGCAUCAACGGGCUGAAAAUCCGGGACGGGUAUUGUUAUUUCACCAAUUCAGCGUUGGGAACCUUUAGUCGGUAUGCCAUAGAUGAGGAGACGGGGGAGAAGAGAGGAGAGAUAGUGGUGAUUGCGAGACUGGAGGGGCAGGUUGGAAUGGGGAAUGCGUAUGAUGAUUUUGAUGUUGAUGGGGAGGGGAAUGCAUGGCUGGCGGUGCAUGAUCGGAGUGUGCAGAAGGUGUCGGUGGAUGGGACCACGACGAUGGUCAGGGGAGGAGAGGGAGUGGUAUUUAGGGCUCCGACGGCGGUGGUGAUGGCGGGGGAUGGGAAGAGUUUCUUUUUGAGUACUGGGGGCGGAGUUGUGAAUGGUGUUGAGUAUGGUGGACAGGUUUGGAGUGUUGAGUGUUGGUAA